AAAGACGCGCGUAGCGGGGCAGCAUGAUAGAACUAUGUCUUCAAAAACAACUCUGGGAAGCGUGGAUGGAUGCUAAAAGUUAUAUUUUGGAGUGAAACGAACCGAGGAGUUGUGAGAAACAUUAGUACUAAGAGCGGAACUCUCGUUGACUUUGGGUAGCUCUCAGACUGGAGGAUCCUGCUUUGGAAAGCGCACACUUCCAGAGAUGACUGUUUCUGUUUCUGCGCUCUUUCUCUACUUCGCAGCCGCUCCUGGUUGUUUCUGCUGUUACGAAGCCCAACAACAGGAAGCAAGUCAAACACGGGUGCAAGUCUGUGGAACAUUUGUACAAACGCCUCGUUGGUAACAAAACCUCUGUCGGACCUUCGCUUGCUUGACUUGCUCCGAUCCUGAUGUGCACGUCACACGCCUCAAACUUCAGCCAAGCAUGAGAUGUCAGUGCAGCCCGCUGGCGCUUCUCCUGUGGCUCCUGGUGGCUUUAGACGCCCAGCUUGUCUGCUGGCGGGCGAUCCUCAAGUGCCACAACGAGCCCGAGUGUGAGCUCGCCUACAACCAGUACCUGGCGGCGUGCGAGGGGAACAUCCGCGGGACGAGGAGCCAGUGCCCGAGCCACUGCAUCCAGGCGCUGAUCCGGCUCAACAACACCCGCAGCGGGCCGGAUCUGGAGACCUGUGACUGCGCGCUGGACCCGAACUGCCUCGGCGCGAAGCGGGCCAUAGAGCCGUGCUUGCCCCGCAGGCACCCCAGCGACGCAGGGGGCAUCGGCUGCAUGGAGGCCCGCCAGCGGUGCGAGGAGGACAGCAGCUGCCACGCCUCCCUCACGGCCUACCUGUCGUACUGCGGGCAGCUGUUCAACGGCAGGCGGUGCUCCUCCAGGUGCAAGGCCACCAUCCAGCAGAUGCUGUUCAUCCCGAACGGCAUGCUGCUGAACCGCUGCGUUUGUGACGGCGUGGAGAGACCUUUCUGCGAGGUGGUCAAGGAGAACAUGAGCAAGCUUUGCUCCAUUGAGGACCACAGCGUCGCUUCUGAUCAACCUGAAGUUGAGGAGAUCUACGACGAUGAGGAUGAUGAUCGAAAGGUUGACAGGGAGGAGGGUUACACUGACAGAUCCUCUGCGUGCCAGAGGUUACCCAGCUUCAUGAUGUUUGUCUUUCUAUGGAUAUUAUUCUGAGGAUGGCCGACUGGAAUGUUUGGAUCUAUCAAUCAAAGGGAAACUUUUUUCUCUGAGAGUGCAAACCCCAUGAUGACAGGGGGCCUCAUCAUGGGACCCCUGACAUGGAGCGCAGAAGUGUUGUCAAAAAUGCCUUAACUAUUUUCUUUUACGUGAUAGGAGACUUUGUUGGGAACAUUUUGAGUGCCUUUAAACAGCUCUUGUUUAUUUGGUUAGCUUUCAUUGCUUCUUAAAGUGUGGCUUUAUUAAGACUUUAGACAAACACUGGAGCCAUCCAGCCUCUGUUUGCUCUCCUCUCCACUGCAGAGGCCUUAGCAUUGUUGCAGUAACCACACUUCAAAUAUUUGUGGGAACCCGGACAGGCUAGGGUGUGGGUCUGACUACUUAAAUUAACUGAAGUGCUUCUUGAGCACUUCUGCUUGGCCCCCUCCCCCAUCCGAGAUUGUUUUAUUGAACUCUUCCUGACUUUUCCCCACCCCUCUCUCUGCAGCCCGGACCCCCUAAAAGCUUUUAAAAGCUCCCUGACUUUAUUAUUGCUUUCACAUGGCUACGACACUUUGAGAAAAUUUGUCAGCUGCCAAAAUGGGUGAACAUAAAAUGUCUGCAUUUUGUUCUCAGCAUUUGCUGAAGUCAUCAAAAAGCAGAAUUUUCUUUGAACCCAAUUUAUAGUUUAAAGCACAAGGAGAUGUCUUCAUUUAUUGGAAAAUAUGAAACACAAGUGGAGUAAAAUCAUUACAAUACACACUUCACAGUUAUGUUAAAACGUUAUGCAAAUGUAACAUUUAAAAAAAUGAAGAACUGAGGCAUCCAGGCACCGUGGAGAGUUAAAUGUGUGUUUCUGUGUCUUAUUUAAGGAUAUCUUAAUUGAUUUUUUUUUUUGUCACCCAUUUCUUUUGUAAAUGUCUGUAAACAGGCAAAGCCCAAACUAGCACAAGAGAUUGUCACUUGCACAAAUUCACAGUGAGGUUUAUUGCUUUCAAACACGUGCCUUGAAUGCUUUUACAGUGCUAGUUUUAGGCUGAGUGAAUUAGCCGCAUUUAAACCGAGGUGCUAAUGUGACCCAUUUAAAUGUCUGCACCAAUAGAAAGCGUGAUUCAAACCAGUGUUUUUUUUUUUACUCUCAUCCCAUCACUUCCUCAUCCACCUGUUUUAAGCUGUUUAGUCAUGGAGGGAAAGGUGCAGUGCCAUCUUUGCCACUUGAAAUUAAAUGUUGAACUAUGUUGUGUGUUAAGUUAUAAAUUAGAAUAUGAAGAACAUUUUACAAAUGUGUGCAGUAAAAAAAAGGUUUUACCUACAUCCGGUUAGGAUAAACAUACAAAUGUAGAUCAGAUUCAGUGUGAAGAAACCAGACAGCUUUGCAUUGUUUCUAGAAAAGUAGCAAUAACAUGAAUUCAGAAAGCUCUUCCACAUGGAGGUUUUAUAAUGAAAUAUGUAUGGCCUAAACAAGUGUCAUGUUGUGUUUUGACAAAGGAAUGAAUCAAUAUAUGGAGUUUUAAAGACAAUAUGUCUGGGUUAUUAUUUGUUUGUCAUAUAUUUAGUCCAAGGAGAAUUUUUAAUCUGAAUAGGUGCAAAGCCUGUAGUGAUACCACAAACAUUUGGAGCUGAUUGGAACAAAAGGUAGUUUAACCCCACUGAGUUUUGACUCAGUGGGGUUAAACACAACUGCACCCCACUCUUAAUUUUUUUCAUGUAUUAUUUCCCUUUUCACUUCACAAUUAUGGCUUGCUUUGUUUUGCUUUAUCGCAUUAAACCACAAUAAAUAACAUAGAGGUUUGUUGCGACAUGAGAAAAUGUAAAACGAUCAACAGGUGCAACCACUUUUGCAAGGCAUGGGGAAAGGAUAAAGCAACUGAAAAAAAAAACAAAACAGUCAUCUAUCAUGUGCAUUUAUUUGAUUUAUUUUGUAGCAAACAGAACAAGUUGAAGAUAUAGCACCAGAUUAUCUCUCUUUAAUAGUUGGACUAUUGCAACUAACAGAUCUGCUGGUUGGCAAUUAUUUUUUUAACAUUUUCAGUAACAUUCUAGAUAUUCAAAUUGUUUUCUAGUCAUAUCAUUGAGUUGUAUCUGAUUCCCCUCAGAAAACUGUUUGAUUGCCAAGACAUUAUUGUCCUGGAAAAAAAUCACUUCAUCAAAUUUUCUAUUUUCAAUCAUUGUGGCACAAUAGUUUUUUGUUUUUUUUUCCUUCACUGCCUCUUUUUAACCCGCUAGAAUGUUUUGUUUCUCUUUACGUGGUGAGGAUUUUUCUAGUCUGACCUUUCUGCCAUUAAUUACUGCAACUUUUUAAGUUUCUGUCAUAUCUGUGACUUUUUAUUCAAACAGCUGAUGUCUUCCAGGUAAAGGAUUUAUACUUUUUUGCAAGGGGUUUGUCAGUAUAUCCUCAUGCUCUGAUUGACACCACAAAAUGCAACAAAUGACUGCCGAAAAUAAGAAUUAAUCGUUGGUCAAACUGUCUGUCAUGUCUGUCCAUUACACUGUCUCGCUAAGCCCUGCAUGUGGCUGUUUUCAAUGCUGAUUCUUAAGGGAUUAGGUCGGUGUAACUGAAACCUAGUGAGGAAUUUUAAGUGUCUAGUCAUUGCUCAAUCCACUUUUAGUGGAAACAAAUGACAAUUCAGGAGUCUAUGUUAAGGCUUCAGUUAAAAUGAUACCAUCAGCCCUGUAAGAAAAACUGCUAAAAGCUUUACUUGGCAUUUCGGACGUCAACAAUAUGACCCACUUUAAAAGCGAGUUGCCAUUUGGGGAUUCUUCCCCGCCUUCUAAGAUAUCUACAAGUCACUGACAAACUACAAAAGAGCCAUUAGGUGUUGCUGCUUAGUGUGAGCAACUGAUCCGUUGUGUACUUUCUGUCAGAGCAGAACAAAUGUGAACGGGCGAUAGCAGGUGGGAAAGAAUAGUGGCUAAACCCCUCAUUUGUUUGAAGGCUGGCAUAUUGCCUUGUUGAAGUAUUUUUACUGUUUGUACACAGUCAUGCCAUCUUAAAAUCAAAAUCUACAAUGUAUGUUAUUUUGAUAUGUGACAAUCAAGCGAUAAGUAGUGGACAAUUGUGAAGUGGGAGGGAAAUGCCACGAAGCUUAAAACAAUUUUUAUUAAUAAAAAAUAGUCUGAAAAGUGUGGCAUGCUGUCGAACCAGCUUGUUAAAAAUGGCAAAGUGUGACUUCUUAAGGCUUUCUUUCAAAAACAGCUGCACGUAUAAUAACCAUAAAUUACAUACAGAUAGACUCUACCACUUCUGAAGGUAACUGGUUGCACUAGUUUAUUUAGGGGUAUCAGAGUA